UUGCUGUAUAGCUGCUGUAAAAGCAAAAAGCAAAAACACACACACACUUCCCCCCUCAUCUCGCUCUUAUAAAGUCUACACCUUUUCUUUCUUUUCUUGUAUUUGUGUAUUUGUUUUGGGCUAACAGUAUCUUGUUGUGAAUCUGAGGACUUUAUCUCAUGGAUGAUCGAAAGGAGAAAAAUGCCCCAUGGUUAUCAGUGCCACAAUUUGGGGACUGGGAUCAGAAGGGCGGCCAAGUGCCAGACUACUCCCUUGAUUUCUCCAAGAUCAGGGAAAUGAGGAAGCAAAACAAGAGAGAUGUGUCCAGAGCAAGUCUUGGAAAUGAAGAAGAGCUCAUUGCCUCAAACACUGCCAAUGUGGGUGCUGCCCACAAUGACAUUCACCACCCUCAUUACCAUCAGAGCACCCACUCCCCAACUGCUCGACGAAGCAUAUUCAGCUACUUCAACUGUUGCAUAAAAGCUUGAUGAUGCAGUAGACGUUGUAGGUUUGGGAGAUAACACUCCUUCUCCAUGUAUCUCUUCCACCAUUUCUACUCGUUAAUCUCUUCUUUUUCUCACACCAACCUCUCAUUUCAUUGGGAAAAAUGGAUGUAAUGUAUUGCUGGAUUUGGUUAUUAGCAAUCUUUCAAAUUUUGUUUUCCUGUGUGUUUCUGCUCUCUGCAACAAACCCUGUACGUAAAUGGUUUGUACAAGAGAUAAGAGGUUAACGUGAAAUUUGGCUUAAUACUUAAGCUGAAAGCAAUGUUAAAUGUUUGACGGUAAAGAUUUAGUCGCAUGAUUGACUUAA